AUCUAUUUGGAGGAGAGGAGGGGCAAGCCCGGUGCACUUUUGACGUAGAUCAUGGCGCCCAAGAGAUUACUUUUAGAAGAUUCAAACCCAUCCGGCGACUCUCAAUCUUCCGAUUCUCCACCUCAGUCAUCCUCCUCCUCAUCGCAAUCACAAUCACAAUCGCCACCCAACAACGACAAUAACAAUAAUUCACCUCCAUCAGGUAGCAGCUCGCAAUCCCCACCUCAAAACUCGAAUUCGGAUUCCCAAUCCCCUCCCCAAAACUCAAAUUCCUCACCUCCUUCCAAGAACUCAGGUUCCUCCUCCUCAUCUCCUCCCCAAAACAACAACAACAACAAUAAUCAGAACAACAACAAUAACCAGAACAACAACAACAGUGGGAGCAACAACAGCAAUGGCAGCGGCAACAGCAACAAUAAUCAGAACAACAACAACGGCAACAACAACAGCAACGGCAACAAUAAUCAGAACAACAACAACAACGGCGGCAGCAACAACAAUAACAAGAACAACAAUGGCAACAGCAAUAAUCAGAACAACAACAAUAAUCAGAACAACCAGAACAACAAUAACCAGAACAACAACAACAACAAGAAUAACCAGAACAACAAUAACAACAAUAAGGGUAAUUCACAUAGCCCACCUCCACCCCCUCCUCCACCACCGCCAAGCAAUGGGAAUAAUCGGUCUCCACCACCUCCUCCACCACUUGAUUCUUCCGGUGAAAGUACUAAAUCAAGUUCAUCUGAUUCGUCCAACUCAAAGAUCAUCAUCGGAGCAGCAGUGGGCGGAGGGUUAUUGCUCAUCAUCAUGAUAGUCCUAAUAGUGUCUUGUGCUAGAAAGAAGAGGAGAAAACCCCAUAAUCAUAUGCAAUAUUACGGGGAUAACUCGAAUGGUGGCAGAAGUAGUGACUAUUACAACAGUGGGCAACAAGGGAAUUGGUACAAUAAAGCCCAACCUACUGCGGACCAUGUUGUUAAGAUAAAUUCACCACCUAAUGUGAGUGCAGAACAUGGUUGGGCGGCUAUGCCUCCGCCUCCACCACCGCCGAUGAUGAGCAGCAGCGAGUUGAGUUCAGCUAACUUCUCCGGUCCAUACCAACCGCCUUUGCCACCCCCGCACCCGUCCAUGGCUCUAGGGUUUAACAACAGCACCUUCACCUAUGAUGAUCUAGCAGCCGCCACCGGAGGGUUCUCAAAGACUAACCUGUUGGGACAGGGUGGAUUCGGGUUCGUUCACAAAGGGGUUUUGCCUAAUGGCAAGGAGAUUGCUGUGAAGAGUCUGAAAUCCGGUAGUGGGCAAGGAGAGAGGGAAUUUCAAGCCGAAGUUGAUAUUAUUAGCCGCGUCCAUCACCGCCACCUUGUGUCGCUUGUUGGGUAUUGUAUUGCAGGGGCUCAGAGGAUGUUGGUUUAUGAAUUUGUUCCUAAUGGUACCCUGGAAUACCAUCUUCAUGGAAAAGAUGCCCCGAACAUGGACUGGCCUACUAGGCUCAAAAUUGCAUUGGGAGCGGCCAAAGGGUUCGCUUACCUUCAUGAAGAUUGCCACCCUAGAAUUAUCCACAGAGACAUUAAAGCCGCGAAUAUUUUGCUAGAGAAUAACUUUGAAGCCAAGGUGGCAGAUUUUGGAUUGGCUAAGCCUAAUUCGGACAACAUCACUCAUGUAUCAACACGUAUUAUGGGAACAUUUGGGUACUUGGCACCUGAGUAUGCAUCAAGCGGCAAGCUAACUGAGAAAUCUGACGUUUAUUCAUAUGGCGUCAUGCUUUUGGAACUAAUCACUGGACGAAAACCAGUGGAUAUGACUAAUUAUGACGACGACACCCUAGUAGAUUGGGCUAGGCCUAUUCUGAUGCGUGCAGCCGAAGGAGGUGAGUAUGCAAAGCUGGUGGAUCCACGCUUGGGAGACAACUAUGACCCUGAUGAGAUGCUGCGGAUGGUAGCAUGUGGUGCUGCUUGCAUUAGACAUUCUGCAAGGAGGCGACCGCGAAUGAGCCAGAUUGUACGUGCAUUGGAGGGUGAUGUUUCGCUGGACGCCUUGAACGAGGGGGUGAAAUCAGGCCAGAAUUCGUCCCACGCCUCGAGUGGGGCAUCAGACUAUGACGGGAAUGGAAACGUGGACAUGAAGAAAUUCAGGAAGGUGGUAUUGGCAAAUAAUAGCGAGGAAUUCUCGAGCGGUGAGCACUUGACGUCCAGCGAGUAUGUCAUCCACCGUUCCCCUUUAGGUGGCGUUGACUCGCACGAAAUAGGCCGCAGGCACAGCCCUUGAGCAAACUCACGCAGUAACAUGCAAAUUCGGAAAAAAAGAAAAAGAAAAAAAAAGGAGAUGAUAUCAAAACAAGUUCUUUCUUUAGCUGUCCAGGUGAAAUAGAGAAACAAGGGGGUUCCUAACAAUGCACAUUCACCAAUUUGCACUUUGAGAACUAGAGAUUUCAGGAUAACUAACUUGGUCUGAAUGGAACUUAUAACACCCCCUUGGUCUGAGAUAAAAAAAAAUAGGUUAUGGUGGUGGUGAAGGCAUCUACCUACAGGACGCAUGCAGUUUCUCAUUUUGUAACUAUGUUCAUUAGGGGAGUCGUUCUAAUAUGUCCGGGAUUUGGAUUGAUCUAUAUAUGGAUCUGUGUUAUUGUACUGUUUUCAAUGUAUAACUAUUUAUAUGGUUGUAUAUUAUUUGGGAUUUA